GAAGGCGGCUACGAUAAACGAAGAGUCUUUCAUGCUGUAAGUCUCAGGUGUGGCUAGUAAGGCUAGAUACAAGGGACUGUGGCUUUAAUAGUGACAAUCUGUUCCCAUUAUUCGUUUUCCCUUAUGUGGAGCUUUAUGAUAAACCACUAUCCUAAGUGCCAUCUCUAACAUAUUAGAAAAUAUAUCAAGAGCUAUUCAUUCCUAGUCGCAUUCUUAAUCCAUCAGAAUUAGAAUUACGGACUAUUGACAUACUUCCAUAAUAACUUGUGGCGACCUUUCCAUGAGUUCGUUUAUUACUAAAAUUCCUACCGCAAAUUUCUACAUGGCAAUUCUAUUCAUGCAGGUGUCCCUCAUAUUGAUUGCUCCAUGGCCUCAACAGUGAUAGAUAGUCUCGAGAAAGCAGCCGAGCCUGACGAAAAAUGGACCCGGGUUCGUCACAAGGGACGGCGCCGACCUAAAGCAUGUCACUCUGUCGCCCCUUCGUACAUUGCUGGAGGUGUCUCUAACUCGGUGCGGCCGUCGUCCUUAUCGGUUCCCGCCAUCAUGGAGGAGCACAAGCGUAUCAAGUACCAAUGGGAAACUUCGGCAUGCUAUCAUGGGCUGCAAGAAAUAUUCGAAUCGCGCAUGUCCCCUUCUAACAUUUCCGACGCUAUCUGCUUUGGCACAGGAUCGUUCGACCCCGAAGAUAGCUCCUGGGAGAUGAAGCGAAAGGCGCAUAUACAACUAGCCGCUUUUCUUUUCAUCGUUGAGCAACUUCAGCGUAAUAGUUCGCAUACGAUUCGAUGUAUCUUCCAGGAGCCUAUUUUCAACACGUCCGAUAAGGCGUUUAUUCGCGCUUUAGGCCACGAAGUGGUUGACUCCCCUACGGGGUUCGAACUAGUCAGCCCAACAACACUAGUGUUUGGCAUUCACUUGUACAGGGACGUUUAUGCCCAAAUUAUCGGCAAGUGUCUCCCUGCCAUGUUCAUUGGGACGCCACAAGAAGUAUGGGAAGAAUGCUACGGCUCUGACCCUUUGGACUGGGUUGAGCUGAAUGAGCUGAAUAAAAGAUGCGACAAGGUUAAGUUUCCUGAGGACACAGGAUAUACCACCUUCUCGAGUACCACAAUUCACCGGAGAAGAUGUAAUGAGACAUGAGCCUCACACCAGAAUGCAUCUUCAUGAUUACGAUAUAUUAGUGCAUCCUUGAUUCCGGACCCAUUGGCGGAAACCAGACCGGAAUCAUAUUCGAUGUUAUCGCCUAUUCAUAAGACCUCAGUAUAGGAUCUUCAAGUGGGUAAUAGCAAUUCCAGUCGGAUUUAUAUAAAGCCCGAGUGCCAGAAUCUCCCUGAAGAGACAACUCUAUUAAGAAA